CAGAUACGGCCAAGCUUCCUCAAACUUCAGAAGUUUAAGCAGUGAAGUUUCUGUGGAGAGAGUGCUCGAUUGUUUGAAUAUUGACGUUGAAGAAGAAGAAGAAGAAGAAGAAGUUGAUCUUUCACGUUGAAGAAGAAGAAGAAGAAGUUGAUCUUUCACGUUGAAGAAUUAGUUCAGAGAACGGUUCGUGGAGAUCUCUGGAGUGGAAGUGAAAGUACCGCGUGUCCAAAGGCUGGGGCUGUCAGACGGAAGACACGUUUAUCUCGAUGACCAGCAACACGUGCUAGCGUGAAACAGUGCGAGAAUAGUUUCGAUGUGAAGGAAUCAAUUACAAACACCACAAGAUGAGGCUUAUGUUUGGCAUCGUCGUUUGUUGCCUCCUAUUGAUCCUGCGGCCAUCCUAUGCAGACCAGUGGCAAAACAGCAGGAACGUGGAAUGUCCUCACAAGUGCAUGUGCUUCGGGACCACCGUGAGAUGCAUGUUUCAGAAGCUGAGCCACGUACCACGGGUACCAACCAACACGACGAUCUUCGAUCUACGAUUCAACAACAUAGUAGGACUUCGACCAGGAACUUUCCAAGGUCUCUCCGAGUUGCACACUCUUUUAUUGAACGACAAUCGUAUCAGACACAUUGUACCAAGAACCUUCGAGGGUGCUUCAAAUCUGAGGAUCCUCUAUCUGUAUAAAAAUCGGCUGGAACACAUUUCACCUGGAGCUUUCUUUGGUCUACCGAAAUUGGAACAAUUGUAUCUACACUACAAUCAUCUGAGAGACAUUAGAAAGGGCACUUUCAACGAUCUACCAAAAUUAGAGAGGCUGUUCUUGCACAACAACAUGCUGCAUCAUCUUCCAGCGGACGCGUUUCAUAACGUGGGACCAAUGACGCGACUUCGUUUGGACAGCAACGCUCUGGUCUGCGAUUGCAACCUUAUGUGGCUGGUACAGAGGCUACAAAGCAAGCCGUCUGAAAUGGCGGCCAGUUGUCAAUCUCCCGACGAAAUGAAGGGAAAAUGGUUGACCAACAUGUCGCCUAAUGAUUUCCAUUGCACCAAGCCACGCAUAAUGAACGGUCCUCAAGACGUGGAAGUUAGACUAGGCGGUACAAUCAACUUCGCCUGCGAGGUGAUAGGCGAUCCAACUCCAGAAAUCAAAUGGAUGAGAGAUUCGAACGAAGUGUCGCCUGAUGGGAAUCGUUGCACGAUCCAAGAAGAUGGAACAUUAGUGAUAUCUGACGUAACCGAACAAGACACCGGUGAAUAUGAAUGCGUGGCCAGGAGCGACAUGGGCUCAGCGAAAUCAAGAAAGGCCAGAGCCGUGAUCACGGUAUCACCGUCUUUGCGAUUCACCCAGUUACCAGAAUCGCAAACUGUAGAAAUUGGCGGGAACGUCUCGUUUGAAUGUAGAGUGGAGAGUACACCGUCACCGAGGAUUGAAUGGUGGAGGAAUGAUCAAUUGUUAAACGUGGGCGGUCGAAUAUUCAUCGAGGAUAGAGGCAGUAUAUUGAAGAUUCUAGCGGUAAAGGAGUCAGACUCCGGGCGAUACGUUUGUCAGGCGAAAAACUCUAAUGGAUACGCCGAAACCAGCGCGGAUUUGAAGGUGGUGGACGAGUCUUAUAGCCCACCGAGGCUGACGUAUGGUCCUCAUGAUAUGGAGGCGGAACCAGGGGCCAUUAUCGAGGUGCCCUGCAGGGUGGAAGGCGUUCCGAAACCGUUGAUACAGUGGAAGAAAGAUGGUACAGCCGUGGAAGGGGAAAGGGUUCGCAUAUCUCGCGGGGGAAGCUUGUACCUUUAUAAUGUUACCGCCACUGACACCGGCAGGUACGAGUGCUCGGCCGUGAACCAAUAUGGCCGCACGACAGCACAGGCGUUGUUGCGGGUCCGCCAACCGGGAGCAACAGAUGUUCUGGUGAUAAGAGCCUUCAAAGAAGCAACGGAUGAGAUCGAUCGCGCCAUAAAUAACACGCUGAGGAGCCUCUUCAGCGGCGACAGAUCCUCACGGGUCAGUCCAUUCAGGCUCGCGCGUUUUCCAGAUGCUGUUGGCAGAGCAGCAGCCAGACCAGCAGAAAUUUUUGAAAGGACAUUGUUCAAUAUACGACGAAUGGUAAAUUCUGGCCUGAACGCGAAUACCACCACUGAAUUCCGGUAUGAGGAAAUUUUGACUGCAGAACAGGUCAGAGAAAUUGAAAGACUAUCCGGAUGCACCGGUCACAGACGUCGCCAGAAUUGUACAAAUAUGUGUUUCCACAACAAGUACCGUAGCAUCGAUGGCAACUGCAACAACUUGCGCCAUCCCACCUGGGGUUCAUCCUACACUGGUUUCCGCCGCGUUCUUCAACCCAUCUAUGAGAACGGAUUCUCCACUCCGGUGGGCUGGGAAAAAGGGCGUCGUUACUAUGGCUAUCCAAAGCCUGCAGCUCGAUUAAUUUCCACAACCCUAAUAUCUACGCAUAAUAUAACCUCAGACGACAGAAUCACCCACAUGGUGAUGCAAUGGGGCCAAUUCUUAGACCACGACAUGGAUCAUUCUCUUCCAGCGGUUUCCAGCGAAUCCUGGGGUGGGAUAGACUGCAAGAAAUCCUGCGAUAACGCUGCACCCUGUUUUCCCAUGGAGGUUCCUCCAGGUGAUCCCAGGGUGGACAACAGAAGAUGCAUAGAUUUCAUCAGGACCAGCGCUGUUUGCGGUUCUGGCGCAACCAGUCUAUUAUGGGGCAGUUUCACUCCCCGAGAACAAUUAAAUCAACUAACUAGCUAUAUGGAUGCUUCUCAGGUGUAUGGUUAUGAUGACGACCUGGCCAGAGACCUGCGUGACUUCUCUACAGAUCAUGGUUUAUUGAGAGAAGGACCAACGAUUCCUGGUCACAAGCCUCUUCUUCCUUACGCAACUGGUCAGUUUGUUGACUGUAGAAGAAACCCCUUAGAGAGUUCUAUAAAUUGUUUCGUAGCUGGAGAUAUUAGAGCCAAUGAGCAGGUGAGUCUCUUGGCGAUGCACGCGAUAUGGCUACGAGAACAUAACCGCAUAGCUCGUUCUCUGCGUGAUAUAAAUCCUCAUUGGAACGGAGAGAAACUGUAUCAACAGGCUAGGAGGAUCGUUGGAGCCGAGAUGCAGCAUAUCACCUAUCAACAUUGGAUGCCUCAUGUCUUUGAUGGUACUGCAGAAGAACUGUUAGGGAUCUAUAAAGGCUACGAUCCAAAUAUAGACGCCAGUGUCUCUAACGUUUUCGCUACCGCGGCUCUGAGAUUCGGUCAUACGUUGAUUCAACCGCGAUUGGAACGUCUCAACGAGUCCUUUCAAACUAUCCCUCAGGGUCCACUUAAGCUGAGGGACGCCUUCUUUGCACCGUGGAGAUUAGUCGAGGAGGGUGGCGUGGAUCCUUUGAUGAGAGGGAUGUUCGCCACCGCGGCUAAGUUGAAAUUACCGGAACAAAACCUGAACACAGAAUUGACGGAACAACUAUUUCAUACUGCUCAUGCGGUGGCCUUGGACUUGGCCGCGAUGAACAUUCAACGUGGUAGAGAUCAUGCUCUGCCAGGCUACCUAGAGUAUCGAAGAUUCUGUAACAUGUCUCACGUUGAGACCUUUGAGGACUUGGCUGGAGAAAUUCGUAACGCUAAAGUUAGACAAAAGUUGAGAGAACUAUAUGGUCAUCCUGGGAACAUAGAUGUCUGGGUUGGUGGAGUAUUAGAGGACCAAAUCCCUGGUGCCAAAGUAGGACCAUUGUUUAAGUGUCUUCUGUUGGAACAGUUCAAACGUACCAGAGAUGGCGACAGAUUCUGGUACGAAAGUCCAACUGUCUUCAAACCAGAACAACUCACACAGAUAAAGCAAACGAGCUUAGCUAGAGUUUUAUGCGACAAUGGCGACAAUAUUAAUAAAAUUCAACCGAAUGUGUUCGUAUUACCUGAAGAUGACAAUAAAUAUGUCACCUGCCAUGAAAUUCCUUAUGUAGAUCUAUCAGUUUGGUCUGAUUGCUGCGACGGAUGUGAAGAUCAUAGCAAUACGAUAUCACGGUUUAGACGUAGCACGUCUAUGAGAGAUGUAAGUACACAGGGUAAAACCGACAGGGUAAAGGAUUUGGGGCGGACUUUUCAGGAGGUCGAGCAAGAGAUUAGAGAGGCUAGGAAACUGUCAGAGUCUUUGUCUCAUAGAAUAGAUGAAUUGUGGUCAUUGUUAGAUGACUUGAAGAAGUCGAAUCAUUUGACCAAUACUUAAAUUCGCUUUAUCUUAAAAGUUCAUUAAUACUGCACGUUUAUUAUAUUGUACAUACACGAAUCGUAGAAGC